AUGGAAGGAAAUAACAAGAAUCUCAAGCUAACAGUCACCGACUUUGCCUCUUCGACCUCAUCGAACAACCCCAAUACGCUCCUCUCUCCCGGCCGAAACCCCAACUUCAAACCUCUAGCACUACGGGCUCCUACUCACAAUUCAACGGAUCUUGAAGACUUGUUUGUUGGGCCUCGUGAUAUGAACCACCAUUCGAAAUGGCCGUUCUUUUUGCGGCUUCAUGGCAGUGUUGUACCCAAGAUGAUCCUCCCACUCUUCUUUGUCGCCUGCUGGGCUACUUUGUUCACCUGCAUAUCAAAGUUUGUGCGCGAGUUGGUCUUCGAUUCGGUACUUCUCACCAUCACUGGUUUCGUGGUCGGUUUGGCUCUGUCUUUCCGUUCCUCUACCGCCUACGAAAGAUACACAGAAGGGCGGAAGUACUGGGCACAAUUAAUGGUUACGGGGAGGAGUUUGGCGAGGAUGAUCUGGAUUCAUACGAAAGAACGGAAAGAUGAAGGCGAGGAGCAAACCAAGGCAGAUGUCCUGGCUAAGUUGACGGCUCUGAAUCUGAUAAAUGCAUUCGCCGUGGCGCUGAAACAUCGGCUUCGGUUCGAACCCGCCAUUGACUAUCCAGACCUCCAACCGCUCAUUGGGAACCUGCACACCCUGGCUGGUGAAGCUGACCAGGCGAUCCUGAAGCCAAAGAAAGUCAGUUCUUGGAAAGCCACUGGCGAGUACCUUGGGAUCUCUUUUGCCCACUCGAACCCUCGGAAGGUGAUCAAGCGCUCGCAUGAAAACUUGGGCAACCUUCCACUGGAGAUCCUCAACUACCUAGGCGCCUACCUGGAGGAAAUCUGCACCAACGGCCAGCUCGCACUUCCAAUUCACCAGAGUAAUUCGAUGAACAGCCUGGUUCAACUUGCCGACAUCCUCACCGGUACUGAAAGGGUUCUCAAUACACCAGUCCCCAUUGCGUAUUCCAUCUCGAUCUCCCAAAUCACAUGGGUGUAUAUCCUGACCUUGCCCUUCCAGCUCUACAGCAAGCUGGGCUGGAUGACCAUCUUCGGUACAAUGCUUGCAGCGUACAUCAUCCUAGGACUUGCGGCUAUUGGCUACGAGAUUGAAAAUCCCUUCGGUGUUGAUGUCAACGACCUUCCCCUCGAUGCUUUCUGCCGAGAGCUGGCCUCUGAUAUCGAUGUCAUGACGAGCAUGCCCAUUCCAACCACGAAAGACUUCGUUACUGCCGCACAAAACAAAGUCUUGUACCCACUGAGCAUGAGCGAUUACGAGGCUUGGAAUGAUCGCUCCCUGCCUGAGAUCAGAGCCGCCCUGAGAGCCAAAGCCACCACGUCAGCCAUAUCGAUGGAAUUCGAACGUGCCAAGGCCCAGUCGGAGAGCACGGCCGACACCUUUGAGGCACAACCUUCUGCGUCCGAGAAGGAGACCGAGACCAAAGACAAGCAUGCUGUCGUUGCUGAUGCUGUAUGA